UCGUAUCAACAUUUUGAAAGGGAAAACGUUGUUAUAGCAACAGAGCAAAAAUUUAUUGCGAACAGAAAACACAAAAGAAAACAGAAUUAAAAACAGCUUCAAUAUGCCGAAACCAGUAACUUCUAAGUACAAGAAAUUCUCGGCGGUCAUAGACCCAAAUAAACACGCGGCCAAGCUAAAAGAAAUUGAGGAACGGCACGCGGAAGAGUUGGACAUGUACUUUGGAUAUGAAGAAGAGGGCGAAGAGGAAUGCAGUGAAUUCGAAAAUGUGGAGAGUGAAUUCAGUUUAUCCGAAGGGGAACCCGCUCUGCAAAUCGGAAGAAUUGAUCUCUCGUUUCCCGAGACAAGGGAAGAGUUCCAGGACAGUCCCCAAUGCUACCCACCAUCAUACUACACCCUGUCCCCGAAAGAGAGACUCCUCCUGCUCUAUGCCGAAAACUUCCGCAAGCAGUUUGUACUGAACUAUCCCCGCCGUCGUGCUUUGGUGCUGGCCCUGCCUAACGAAUGCAAUGUUCAGAAAUUCGUGUGUACCACAAUAAGGCCGACAGCGUUUGCUUACCCAGAGCUGAUAUCAAGUGUUGAGGAAAUUUCGAAGUUUGUUGCUGACUUUGUUCAAUAUGAGCCAAUGGACGACGAAACUAAUUUGGUAAGCCAACUUCACACACUACCAAUACUCAGUUUUGAAAGAAAAGACGAUACAUAG